UCUCAUUUUGACGCUGAUACAAAUUCUGUUGUUCUUAUGUGUCGUGAUGGUACUGUGAACUAUUUCAAUCCUUACAUUCUUGUUUCUCAUCAUCACAACCACAACAUUAAGUGUAUUUUGUCUGGAAAGGGUGCUAAAGCUGUGAUGUUUUGUAUUUCUGACUACAUCACCAAGAUGGAUGUGAAGACUUAUGAAGUCCUGUCCCUAUUAUCACAUGCAGUGGCCCGAAUACCUGAG